UCUCUCUCGCUCUCGCUGUGUGUCUGCGAGUGUGUCGGUUUCGGGUUCAGUCGCCAUUUAGCGCGGACAGUUCCCCCCCCCCACCCUAGGCCGGGAGAGGCGGCAGUAAGUGGCCCAUCCCCCACGUCCCCUCAGGAGCGGCGGAGAGGGAAAGACACAGACAAGACCGGAGCCGGCUCCCCUUUAUCGAUUUCUCCUCGUCGCUGGUCCCUCCCUCCCUCCCUCUCAUCCCAGUCAGUCUCGGCGCGUGAGGGGGAGGCGGCCUCCACCUCCUCCGCCUCAGAGUGAGCGCGCGAGAGCGAGCGAAGUGGGGGAGCCCCGGCUUGGCGUGAGGGGAAGAGACGCGGGGGGGGAAAGGGGGCUGGCUGGAUUUCGUCGCCGUCGACGAGCGCAGCAGCAGCAACAGCCGCCGCCACGACGGCGAGGAGGAGCCCUCAGCGAGGACUGGCUGACUGACUCGACUCAGGCAAGAAGAGCUGAAAGGAGAGAGGGCGAGGAGGAGCCCUCAGCGAGGACUGGCUGACUGACUCGACUCAGGCAAGGAGAGCUGAGGGGAGAGAGGGCGAGGACUGGCUGACUGAGGGGAGAGGGGGGGAGCGCGCGCGCUCGCGCAGCCCCGCCAGGCCUGCCCCAGCCUUGCCCCCCAUCCCCAGUCCCGCCCGCCUGCCUGGCCUCCUCCCUCCCCAUCUCUCCUCCCUUUCCCCGCAUCUUCGCUCCAUGUCGGCCCCGCUGCCCGGCCCCUCGCCGUCACCGCAGGAUGGAUGCGGACACUGACCUGGGAGCCACCCCGCCGCCGGCCCAGCCCGCUCGACUGCAGCAGUUGCUGCUGCCGCCACCGCAACCCGGGCGGCAUCCUCUUUCCUUCCUCCUCCUGGCCGUGAGGGGCCUCCGGGAGCCUCCUUUGCAGCACCAGCUGCCGCCGCAGCUCCCCGCCGCCGCCGCGCAUUGACUGCCUCGAGUCCGCCUCGCUGCAGGGACUGCUUCUGCCGCGCCUUCGCCUGCUGCUUUUCGGCACCAUGUCGGGGGAGAACAGCGGCGCUGCGGCGGCGGCGACCACCACCUCCACGCCUCGCUUCCUGGCUCCUCCGCCGCCCCCGCCCAAGAACGGCUCCAGCUCGGACAGCUCCGUGGGCGAGAAGCUGGGGGUGGCUGCGGCUGCUGCAGCCGCCGCCGCUGCGGAUCCUGAAGGCUCGGAAGGCGGCGGGGCCCGCCACGAGGACUACCUUCGGCGCCGCCACACCAUGGACAAGGACAGCCGCGGGGCGGCCGCCACCGAGCACCGCUUCUUCCGCCGGAGCGUCAUUUGUGACUCCAAUGCCACCGCUCUGGAUCUGCCCAGGCUGCAGCCCGCGGCGCCUCCUGCCGCUGCGACCGGCCGAGGGAGCAUCCCGCCGGUGCUGGGCUCGCCUCCGGAGUCUGUCAUCCAGGCGACGUGCGCCUCCGGCACCUCCAGCCAAGCCCCCACGCUGCUCCUGCAGCAGCAGCCGCCGCCUCUGCCUGCGCCUGCAGAGGGGCAGGCUGGUCAAGAGCCCCUGGUAGCGAAGGACGUUGCCCCACUGCUGGCUAAGGAGGAGGGCUUGGAGGCCACCCCACUGCCCCCUACCAGCACAGCGGGGAGCACUGUUACUUCUGCCCGGGAUCUACAAGAAGAACGGAGUCGGCAGCAGGAGGAUAUUGAGGAGCUGGAGACCAAAGCUGUGGCCUUUUCCACCGAUGGUCGCUUUCUUAAGUUUGAUAUCGAGAUUGGCAGAGGCUCCUUCAAAACUGUCUACAAGGGACUGGACACGGAAACCACUGUGGAAGUCGCUUGGUGUGAGCUGCAGGAUCGGAAGUUGUCCAAAUCUGAACGGCAGAGAUUUAAAGAGGAAGCUGAAAUGCUGAAAGGGCUUCAGCAUCCUAAUAUUGUACGGUUUUAUGAUUCCUGGGAAUCAACGGUGAAGGGAAAGAAGUGUAUUGUUCUGGUUACAGAGCUUAUGACAUCUGGCACUCUGAAAACAUACUUAAAAAGGUUCAAGGUGAUGAAAAUUAAAGUGCUACGAAGCUGGUGUCGGCAAAUACUGAAGGGUUUACAGUUCCUGCACACGCGUACGCCUCCCAUUAUCCAUCGUGACCUGAAGUGUGACAACAUCUUUAUCACUGGCCCUACGGGAUCUGUCAAGAUAGGAGACUUGGGUCUGGCUACCUUGAAGCGAGCUUCUUUUGCAAAGAGUGUAAUAGGUACCCCAGAGUUCAUGGCACCCGAGAUGUAUGAGGAGAAAUACGAUGAAUCCGUUGAUGUAUAUGCUUUUGGAAUGUGUAUGCUUGAGAUGGCUACGUCUGAGUAUCCUUAUUCUGAGUGCCAAAAUGCUGCGCAGAUCUACCGUCGAGUGACCAGCGGAGUCAAGCCAGCUAGUUUUGAUAAAGUAGCAAUUCCUGAAGUAAAAGAAAUAAUUGAGGGAUGCAUCCGUCAGAACAAAGAUGAAAGAUAUGCUAUCAAGGACCUUUUGAAUCAUGCAUUCUUCCAGGAAGAAACUGGUGUGCGGGUAGAGCUGGCAGAGGAAGAUGAUGGAGAGAAAAUUGCCAUCAAGCUCUGGUUACGAAUUGAAGACAUUAAAAAACUUAAGGGAAAAUACAAAGACAAUGAAGCGAUAGAGUUUUCUUUUGACUUGGAAAGAGAUGUCCCAGAGGACGUGGCACAGGAAAUGGUUGAGUCUGGGUAUGUCUGCGAAGGGGAUCACAAGACAAUGGCCAAGGCCAUAAAGGACAGAGUUUCCUUAAUCAAACGGAAAAGGGAGCAGCGUCAGCUGGUGAGAGAAGAACAGGAGAAAAGAAAGCAAGAAGAAGUCAAUCAGAAGCAGCAGAUAGAACAGCAAUUACAAGCAGGUGCUACCCAGCAAGGGGCAAAGCAUGCUGCUCCUGCCACUGGUACCACUGCCAUCCCCACUACUUCAGCUUCAGUUUCUACACAAGUAGAGCCUGAGGAACCAGAGGCCGAUCAGCAUCAACAGCAGCAAUACCAGCAGCCCAGCACAUCAGUGCUCUCUGAUGGGACUAUUGACAGUGGUCAGGGAUCAUCUCUUUUUACUGAAUCAUGUGUGAGUAGCCAGCAGACUGCUUCCUAUGGUUCCCAGCAUGAACAGCCUAUCCCAACAGUUCCAGCCCCAGGGUAUACGGUUCCUAUUGGCCAGCCUCAGUCGCAACAGCCUGGAGGAUAUCAGACAUCUGCAGGGCCUCACUCCAUGGUGCAUCCGUGUGGGGGAACCCCAACAUUCCCAGAUUCCCAGGUAUUUUUUCCAACCGUUCAUGAACGGCCAGUGUCCUUCUCACCACCACCCAUCUGCCCUUCGAGGGUGGCCUUUUCUCAGCGGCGCAAGAGCACUUCCAUCCUUGAAGCCCAAACGUGCCACUUCCAGCCAUUGCUCAAGACUGGUCAAAGUUUGCUUCUCCCAGGCAGUAGUCCAACUGCUUGGACGCCAGAAGCGCUAGUGACUAUGAGCACUACAGCUUACAAAGCCACAGGAGAGCAUAUUCAGGCUAACCCUGUAUAUGAGGCGGCUCAAGUGUUUGGCGAUUACAGGUCUGGACAAGCACCUUCUGACGAUGCUAAAAACAUGUUGACUCAAGAGGCUGUGUAUCUGAUGGGUGUGCGUUAUCAGCCCCAGUUGCCUGAACACUAUGAUACUGUAUCCCAUAAUUCCCAUGGGGCUGAGCAACACUUGCAGCAGGCGCCUGAACAGAGAAAUGUGCACGGUGGCCCUCUUCAGGGUUCUGCAUUUGAGUAUCCAACAGGGCAGACUUUUCAGGCAAGACAAAUCCAGAACUUGAGGCUGGAUUCUGGAAUGAAUCCGCUGUCACCAUUGUCUAGCAUGUCAGCCCCACUGAGUGCGGAUCCCACACAGAUGAGUUUUCACCCGGUGUUUGUACCGCAUUCUGCACCUGCUGUGCUCACUCAAAGUGGUGAUGGCAGAACAAGCUGUGUGUUUAAGUUCCAUGUUCAAGCAUCCAGUGCAUCUCCGGGAGAAGGUGCAGCCAUGCCACAGCGUGUUUAUAGAAAUCGUCGAGGCUCCGCAGAUUGUAAUCAGGAGGAGUCUCCUCAAACGACUGUACAGCCUGUUCGCCUUCAGCCUGUAACAGAAGAGCAGUGUAACUUCCUGGGCUCUGAGUUCAUGGUGCCUAGAGGCACUUCUGUUCUACAGAUCUGGCCAGAAGGCAGCCCAGGAUACUCCAGUGACUCCUCACAGUUGACUUCCUCAGACACUGGUGACUUUCUGUCUCCUCCUCCCACUGGGGCAUCUGCAUCAUAUAUUUCAGAUUUGUCUCUGCCUGCUUCCCAGCUGGCUCAGAAGGUAUUUCAAGAUUCGCAGGUCUUCAUCCAUUUCCCACAGGGAACUUCAUCUCAACAGGCUUUCUCGACACUGGUUUCUUCAGGACCGUCUACACUCUAUUCUCAGACACAGCUGCCAGGGCAGCCAGCCUCAAGUGGUUCAUCGGUAGGCACAUCUUCGCAGCUUAUGCAUCAAGGCCAGCAGAGCUCUCUGCAGCCAGCCUCUUCCCAGCAGACUGGGCAGUAUCAAGUUCAGCAGCCAUCUAUUUCUAGUGGAGCUACACCACCCCAGCCGGUUACACAAACAGCACAAAUUAUGCCUAUGCCUCACGUAGCAGCUGGGACACAGCUUCCUGUUUCCCAGCAAAUGCCGAUCCUCCAAGGUGAACCACAGUUACCUGUUUCAGCUCCUACACUUCCUCAGCCUUCAGCUGCCCCAGUUAUGCCCAUUGGGUCUCAUUAUCUCCCUAUGGGGCAGCCCCUACAAGCCCCCCUUCUUCCGCAGUUCUCAGUGUCUCAGCUGCCCAUAGCAGCACCUCAUGUCUCAGUGGCUCAGCCUGGCUUCCCAUCUCUACCCAUCUCUAUGGCAGCUGGUAUAAACCAGCCGUUGCUCACUCUGGCCACAUCUGCAGCUGCAGCUGCUAUUCCUGUGGGAUCAACUGUUGUCCCUAGCCAGAUUCCACCUCUCCUUCAGCCUGUGGCUCAGCUGUCCAGCCAGGGUCUCCCACAACUUCUGCAGCCAGCUGUUCAGUCCAUGGGAUUGCCAGCAACUCUUGGACAAUCUGAAGUACCACUUCCAGCUACCGAUGCUGUGUACCAGGGCUUCUCACCUCGGCUACCAGCGCAGUAUGCAGGAGAUUCAAACAUUGCUCCCUCUUCUGUGGCCUCUGCUUGCCUCCCUUCUGCAGUACUGUCCCCUCCCUUACCCACAGAUGCAUUGCCUCAGCCAGGCUAUCUUGCUGCAGUAGUGCAGCCUUAUGUGGAACAGAAUUUAGUUCCUUUGGGCGGUCUAGGAGGACAGGUUCAAGUGCCACAGCCUGUUGCCUGUUUAGCCCAGCAGGUUUCCUCUGCAUCCUCGCAGCAAUCAGCACUAGAGAGUACAUCUGGAGUAUCUCAGGCUACACCCUCUGAGCCUCAGCCACCAGUUCAGCAACAGCCUUCACAGCCAGCUCCAUUGGUUUCCUCAAUAGACAGUGCACAUUCAGAUGUUGCUUCAGGCCUAAGUGACUGCAACGAGAGUGUUCCUACCUCUGGUGGAAGACACGAAGGGAGGACUACAAAGCGGCAUUAUCGGAAGUCGGUACGCAGCCGCUCUCGCCAUGAGAAGACUACACGUCCGAAACUGAGAAUUCUCAAUGUCUCAAACAAAGGCGAUCGGGUUGUGGAAUGCCAGCUAGAGACGCACAAUAGAAAAAUGGUUACUUUCAAAUUUGACUUAGAUGGAGACAACCCAGAGGAAAUAGCCUAUAUCAUGGUGCAAAAUGAAUUUAUUUUGGCAACCGAGAGAGACUCGUUCAUUGAGCAGGUGCGUGAUAUCAUAGAAAAAGCGGACGAAAUGCUCAGCGAGGAUGCCAGUGGGGAGCCAGAAGGUGAUCAAAGCAUGGAUGGUAUGCAAAGCCAGAAACUGGAUGGAGACUUCAAACAGCCAGAUCCUGCGUCUUCUAUGCCACAAAGAAUAGGUGUUCCUCCUAGCUCAUUGACUCAGGUUGUCCAUUCUGCUGGAAGACGGUUUAUUGUCAGUCCUGUUCCAGAGAGUAGGUUACGAGAACAGAAAUUUUUCACUUCCAUUCCAUCGGAAAAUGAACUUCCUGAUAUUGGUGUUGCUUCUCCAUCUCAUGGCCCUGGAAUGAAUCUCUCCCACUCUGCAUCCUCUCUCAGCCUGCAGCAAGCAUUCUCAGAGCUGAAGCAUGGGCCAGUAACAGAAGGACCAAGUACUGCACCCCCGGUUUUUAAUCAGGCCCUACCAUCUUUUCCAUCUACAAGUGAGAUUGGGCCACUGCCAUCAGCAUCAGUCCCUGCUCCUUCGGUGUCACUUCCUUCCACCACUACUGUUUCUUUACCAGCAACUCAGUCUGUUAGCACACAGCCCAUAGAAACACUGACUGCUGGGCUUCCAGCAAGUACAGAACUAUCUGGUUCCAGCUCUCCACCACCAGUGUUGCAGUCUGGGCCACAGAUAGUCAGCGGAGUGGCUUCUAGUAUCAGCACACCUUCUUUUUCAUCAGCAGCAUCCCAGGUAGCUUCUGCCACUGGAGAAGUUGCCCCUAGCAUUAGUACCCCUGCUUCUCUAACAUUGCCACAAGCAGGAACCACAGGGUCUAGUGUUGCUAUAUCAGGAACCAUGACACUGCCUGUGACAUGUCAGCAGGUUAGUAGUGUGUUUCCAGCAGCAUCCCAAACAUCUGCACCUGUGUCUUUGGCACAGAGCGUGGUUUCUUCACAAUUGAGCACUAGUAGCUCUGUCCCUAGCCUGGCUGAAAUGGUGGCUGUAAGCGUACUGCACCCAAAAUCAGAGAGUGAACAGUUAUCAGACAAGCUGCAGCUGGGCAGCACAGGUGGGACGGCGUUGCCUAUUUCUGUACCUUUACCUUCUGCAAUAGCAUCAAGUAUGUCCGGCUCUGUGCCUCAGUCUGCUGGGGGACAUCCAGUGCCUAUCCCACUGGUAGUUACCUCAUCUAUCCUAGCCCCAGUAGCAGGUGCAGUCUCUACUCCAGUAUUACCCCAGGUUCCUUUACCUGGCAUCCUGCCGCAGGCACAGCCAGUAGCUAAUGUUCCUGUAGUGCAGCAGACAUUAGUACAUAGUCAUCCUCAACCAGCUCCAUUACCCAAUCAGCCUCAUAUUCACUGUCUGGAAGCAGAUGCUGACUCUCAACCCAAAGCACCUGGCAUAGAUGACAUUAAAACCCUGGAGGAAAAAUUGCGAUCGCUCUUCAGUGAACAUAGUGCUGCUGGAGCAGCACAUUCAUCAGUGCCCCUGGACACAUCGUUACCCGUGGAGACGACAGUCAUGCCUGGCUUGCCGACAACUGCUGUUGCGCCCACGAAACCUGUGGCUCCUAUUGCAAGCGCUAGUGUGCCACCAGCCACCUUGUUACUUGGCCCAGCAGGUUUGCCUGUCAUGACGCCUGUUGCUACACCCGUUCAGGCAGGCACUCCAAUCAGCUGUGUCCCAGCAGCAUGUGUCACUGCACCAGGAACAACGAAACCAGGGACUCCUCCUUCAAAGGUUCCUCUUAGCAGGGUACCGGCUCCAGUAGGUUCUGAACUUCCAGCUGGCACUCCACCCAGUGAGCAGCUGCCACCUUUUCCGGGACCUUCACUAACUCAGUCCCAGCAACCUCUGGAAGACUUGGAUGCUCAGUUGAGGAGAGCUCUGAGUCCAGAGACUGUCCCAACAACAUCGGCUACUACCUGUCCUCUGCCAUCAGUGGCUUCCACAACUGUUACUGGAGUGGCGAGCACACUAGAACAGCCUUCGAAUACUGAUUCUCAGGGUGCAGAAAGUUGUGCCACUACUACUGCCUCAGGGGUUGCAGUUCUUAAGAUGGGUCGCUUUCAGGUGUCAGUGGCUGUGGAUGAUCAGAGAGAUGGUGGAAGUAAGCCCAAGCACUUUGACACAACCACCUCUGGAUCAUCUUCUUUGUCCAGCAGUAGCCCAGAGAGUACUCUGGUGAAGUCAGACCCCAGUGGAACAGCUGAGGCCAUGGCGGCUACCUCAGAUGUGGUGGAUGGAGUCUUUUUGCAAGCUUCCACUACACAACUGCAGCCAACCAAGGUUGGGCGUUUCCAGGUGACAACAACAACUGACCAAGUGGGUCGUUUUUCCGUAUCAAGAACCCAAGAUGAGAUGACCUCCAUGGAGAGAGAUGUCCCUGGAAUAGUCCCUUUGUCUGCAGAGUCAGAGCAAGUUUCUUCUCCACUCACAACUCCUAAAUCAGAGCUUGCAGGGAGAAGACUUUCCCUGCAUCUGAAUGGACCAUCAUCUGAGUUGGAGGCUGCCUUCCUGAGUGGGGUGACUAAAGAAAUGGAUGAAGGCUCAGGCAGCCCAGACUCACUCCAUCCUCCUGGGUCCAAGAUCAGUCUUCCAGCACAGAGCCUUAGCAAUUCAUUCAAUUCCUCCUACAUGAGCAGUGAUAAUGAGUCAGACAUAGAAGAUGAAGACUUGAAGUGUGAGCUGCGCCGAUUGCGUGAGAAGCACCUUAAAGAGAUUCAGGAGCUUCAAAGUCGGCAGAAGUUGGAGAUUGAACUGCUUUAUACAAAAUUGGGGAAGGUGCCUCCAGCUGUCAUUAUCCCUCCGGCUGCUCCUCUGUCAGGAAGGCGGAGAAGACCGACUAAAGGAAAAAGCAGCAAAUCCAGCCGCAGCAGUUCCCAGGGUAACAAGAGCCCUCAGAUUUUGGGCAACUUGUCUGCUCAGAGUGCACCUUCAGUCUUGCCCCCACAACAGACCUUGCACCCUCCUGGCAGUGCCCCAGAGACAGGACAGAAUCAUCUGUUACAGCCCCUUAAACCAUCGCCUUCUAGUGAGAACCUCUACUCUGCCUUUACCAGUGAUGGUGCCAUUUCCAUACCAAGCCUUUCUGCGCCAGGCCAAGGCUGUGUGAAGUUUAACUGUGCAUCUGAGCGGGUGACAUUCAAGCCUGGUGGCAGGAGGACCCGAUUUCUGAGUACGCCCUGCUUGGCUCUUUGGAAGAUGGUGAAAAAAGUCUGCCCUUGCAACCAGCUCUGUAGGACCAGCAGCACUAAUACAGUGGGAGGUACAGUGAACAGCCAGGCACCUCAGUCUCAGCCGCCUGCCUCUAGCCGGAAGGGGACCUUUACAGAUGACUUGCACAAGCUAGUGGACAACUGGGCUCGUGACGCCAUGAACCUCUCUGGCAAGAAAAGCAGCAAGGGUCAUAAUAAUUAUGAGGGCCCGGGAAUGGCGAGGAAAUUCUCUGCACCAAGCCAGCUCUGCAUCUCGAUGACAUCCUCUCUUGGUGCUACACCCAUCUCUGCAGCGUCAGCUACCUCCCUAGGUCACUUCACAAAGGCCAUGUGCCCCCCUCAGCCGUACGGUUUCCCAACAGUGCCCUUUGUAGCUCCCUGGAGUGGGACAGGUGGUCCAGCACCGCAGCCUAUAGGCCAAUUUCAGCCUGUUGGAGCUGCCUCAUUGCAAAGCUUCAACAUCAGCAACUUGCAGAAAUCUAUCAGCAACCCCCCAGGCUCUAAUCUGCGGACCACUUAAUGAGACCCAGACACGCUGCUGGGUAGAACUUGGGGGGAGAUGGGGCCCUGAACCAACAAGUAGGCUGCAAUGAACUGGCUAUUAGUGCCCAAAGGGGGAUGAAUUCCUACUCUAACCAUUGCUCUUUGCUCUCAGUAAGAAAAGCCCCCCAUUCUGAAGAUGGGGAGAAGGGUGAUCAGGAUCUUCCAUGACGGGACAUGCUUCCUCUUGUUCUUGUAUGUGGCAAAGUAUGUAACGAUGGAAGUCACCAAGCAAACCAGUGGCCUCUUGUAAAGCUCCUUGGGUUUAAGAGGCUGAAUCCACAGUGGGUUGAGAGGAGAGAAUUGCUGUUUGUUCUAGCAUGAAUCUUUAGUAUGCUGUUUGUCUUGCUCUGAGGAAUCAAGCUUAGGGAAAAGCUAUCCAUGUUUCCAUCUUGUCUCUCCCUUCCCGCAAACCAUCACACCAGAGUUCCUGAGAUGAUGGGGCACAGAGGUGGACUUGCAGAACAGCCCAUGCUUUGAGAUAGGUCAUUACUGCUUUAAAGUUAAAAGAUUUUAACAGCUUUGACUGCAGCAUUAGAGCAAUUUAAAAUUGUUUAGAAGAUAAAUUUUUUAAAAGUUCCCUGCGGACAUGUACUUACCAUCAGUUUUGAUGUGGAAACACUGUGAUAUAUAAAUGUUGUUGGACAACAGUAGUUUAAAAAUGAGUGGAGUAUAGAGGGUUAAACAGUUAAAAGGAAAAAAAUGGGAAAAAAGCUAGCUAUAUCCUGAUACUUAUUGGAGACACUUUAACUUUUUUCCUUUGUAUUUUCAUUGUAUUAGAUAAAUGUGAAUGUAUAAUUGUAUAAAUUAAUGUACUUGAAUACUUGUCUGUUCUCCCAGUAUGCUUGCUGGAUAUUUUAGUGCCUUGGACUUUUAUUGCUUCUGCGGUUAGCAUCACCAUCCCAGCAGACUUUAGACAGGCAGAGAGAAAUGGAGGUUAUUUGGACAUAGUCACUGGAAUACCAAAGGGUUAACACAUUGGAUGCUUAUACUGUAAUAGUGUCUAGAGUAGGUGUUGGAUGGGGAGCUACUGCAGCUGUAUGUUGGAAGAGUAAAGUAUGGAGUGAAGGGGGAACAUGAGGUUGAUGACACAAUGGCUAUGUGGGUUUAAUGUGGGAAUGCUAAAAUGAAUAUGUGACCAGAGUAAAAGCUGGGCUGGAAUAAAACAGAGGGAACAGGGAGGAAGCGCUUUUUUUUUUUUUAAACCCGCAUGAAAGGGUCAGUUCCUGUGGGUGGUUUGCCUUUUAAGCUUGAUGUAGUAAAGGUUUUGCAGGUGGGGGAAAUAAGGUUGAUGUAAAAUGGUUGGAAUUAUAACUCUGGGAAGGGAGAGUGUCUGCUGGGAUUCCCCUCCCCCUUUAAUUCAGUCCACAAAAGCCAGGAGCAGAACUUCCUGGUACAAUAUCCAUUGCCAAUGAUGGAUACACUUGAAACAGCCAGCAUAAAAAAAAAUGCUCUGUCUUUAUAAUUUUGUUCCAUGUCUAAAGGACUUAAAACUGGUACCAGGACUGUAACUAACUGUUGCCUUCUAGUAGACGUACUGUAUCUCCUACUUGCCACUCGCCACCGCCUUUCUAACGUAAAAUACUGGUUCCCUAUUCAAACAAAAUACUGCAGCCAGCUAGUAUUACUCUCUGUUGCUGCAGCAGGCUGCAAAGGGUCAAAGUAGUUCUGCUUUGUACUUGGGAGCAGCUUUGCUGCUGGUCUGGAAGUCUACUAGGGAGGUUUUGAACUUCCUGAAGUUCCUCUGAGGUUGCAGGAGGGUUGUUCUUUCUGUACUUAGUUCACUCUUCCCUCAAACCACAUGCACAGGUUUUUCUUUCCUUUCACCUCGUUGACGUUUACAGUUGUGUUGUCACAAAGGGCAGGUUUGGGGCAUGUGGGCCAGAUAGCAAAAGAACGAAGUCUGGGGACUUGAGGAGAAAAAGCUUGGAGGGUGCGGGAAUGGGGCUUCCCGCAGAGGAAAUGAAAUGAAAAGCUUUGUGAAGGCACAAAAUGAGGUCGAUGUGCAGAAAGAACAAAGGAGCAAUAAGGAGAUACCACUUCACAGCAGAGGGACUGGUCAGCUGAGUGUUGCACAAGGGUGGUAUUUUGGUUUAAGGUGCUUGAGGUCGGGUUUUCACUUAGUUAUGCAAGAGCUGGUUCUAUUUACCAUUGAUUACCCUCCUGUGGAUGAAAAAACUGAGGUCUAGAGGAAUAAACUAAUGCUACUGAACUGUUAAAUUAUUUUGUGUUAAUAUUACACUUUGAGUACCUUUUUCCACAAGAUCUGUUUCUGAAUUACAGAUGUUUUCUUUACAUUAUUUAACAAUGUACACUGUAAAAAAAAAGAAAUAAAAUGAAUUCAAACCUUGGGCUUCCCUGGCCGUAGUUAAUGGUAUGUUUUGCACUAAAUCCAGGCAUUGCGCUUCCUGUAUGAUUGCGCUUUGUGCUGCAGUUUGUUACCUUCUUUGUAGAUAUUUAAUGAAAUCAUUCAAAUAAACCAAACCUGCUUUUGUU